AUGGCUGGGUAUGGCCAGGUCGUGCCAGCCGCCGUGUAUGGUCAACCUCAAAUGUAUGCGCAUCACGGCCAAUACCAUGAGCAUUGGAGUCAGAAUGGAAACGCUGCUUAUAACACGAACAACGCGAUAGACAUCAGAGAUCGCUUAAGUGUUCAACAUCACGGGAUGGAGCCGCCAUGGCACAGUGGCGCUCACCAACAAGCAGUCCUAGCCAUGGCCCCUCCAAUGCUACCACAGCAGCUACUCCCCGAAACUCUGCAUCGGCUUCAACAUGGUGCAUUCUUGCACGACGUGCAAAAGCAAUCAGUGAGCCAGCCACUCCCUCUUUUGCAGCACCCCGCGCUGUUGCACGAGACACAACACUCGCUCAUGCCACCACCUCCGCCACAAUCUCAGCAGCAGCCCUCUUUCCCACCUCUUGCGCAGAUUCUGCCCCAACAUUUCAGCUCACUUCCACCGGCGACUUAUACCGUGAGAGACGACGACAAGAACCUGUUAGGGUUUUCAACCAGCGCGGCAAAUCAGUUGUUUUUCCCCACCACCUCUGCCAGCUCCAUGCCGCAUUUCACUGCUGCGGACGAGCAGAUCUCAUACACUACCUCAUCAGCAGCGCAGAUCAUGUAUGCCACGGCAUUGGAAGACCAGAUGAUACACAGGACAUCUCCGGGAACCGAUUCGGCAUACACAUCGUCGUCGAGUGGUUUGGACCAACAACAAUAUCUGCAAAGCGCUGGACAAGUUUCUGGGACGUAUGAUAUCUCAGGUUUCAACACUUUGCAAGAUCCGUAUGAUCCAAACUCUUCACACGGAGGGUUUCAGUAG